AUGUCUCCAUCAGAAUCAAAGGAGUAUCGUCAAACAGCUGCCAAUUUAAAUUCGCAGCACUCAGCGUCCAAAACCCAAUCCAAAGGUCGUCGCGAUAUUUUGGACAAUAUAUUCACGUAUGUAAAUAGAGACCUGUUCGUAUGUAAACUGUUUUAUUUCUUCUUUUUCGGAGCCUUUGGUUCUUUGUUUCCGUUGAUGGCUAUUUAUUUUAAACAGCUUGGAAUGAAUGCUUCUCAGGGUGGCGUUCUGAUUGGAUUUAGGCCGUUUAUCGAAUUUUUGAGCGCCCCGUUUUGGGGAGGUGUGGCCGAUAGAUGGAAGAGGGCCAAAGAACUGCUUCUGUUCUCCUUGUUUUGUUGGAUUGUGUUCACAUUAUCAAUUGCCUUCGUGCACCCGCCUGCUCAUAAAUGUUUAUACAAUAACAAGACGCAUACGGUGUUAGAAAAUCCCCGCAAUCGACGAGAUGCAUCAUGUCUACCAGAGGAUUUCGACUCCAAAACGUUAGAUUUAAAAUUACCGUGCCCUAAUGAGCAUGAAAAACCGUGGAUACUCUUACCUCAGCCUAUGAAAAGGGGAACUGGACAAUCUCCCCAUCGUUUAGAUCAUAACAAAAUAGUCAAUGCCAAUAAAUCAGACGUCGAAGGUCUGGUACAUUCUCCCUACAGUACCGUGGUGUAUAAAGAAGGCGAAGUGAAAGAAGUCUUCUUUAUAUUGUUGCUUAUUGUGGUUAUUGGAGAAUUCUUUUCGGCUCCAGCAGUCACCUUCGCUGACGCCAUGACCUUAGCGUGUCUUGGUGAUGACACUGAUAAUUAUGGUCGACAAAGAAUGUUUGGAAGUUUGGGUUGGGGUAUCAGCAUGUUUUUUGCUGGUUUGGCUUUGGACCACUCUACCACAUUCCCCGAACAUCCUUGUGGAACUCAACAUGCAGCUGAAAAGAACUAUACAGUUUGUUUUGCUAUAUUUUGUGUUCUUAUGAGUGCAGCUUUUGUUGCCGCUCUCCAGUUUCGAUUUGACUAUAUUGGACACCUAGAAAGCGACGAUGAUGAUGCUGUCUUCAAGCCAGAACUUGGCUCAACAGCUUACAAUAAACAAAACAAUGCCUAUUCCGAUUCUACAAAACAAUCGAAUCACGAAGAUUUAAAUAUCAAACUUAACCACCAAAAUGACAUGGUGUCAGACGUCACAAGGGCGCCAAACCAGUAUACACAAGACGAUGGCCACUUUUUAGGAAAAUGGGUGACUGUUUUCAGACUUCUUGCAAACUAUAAAUAUCUGUCUGUACUAUUUAUAGCCUGGUUUAUGGGUUUUGGUAUAGGUAUUAUCUUCACUUUCCUCUUCUGGCAUCUACAAGAUCUUGGUGGAAGUCCUACUUUGUUUGGUGUAGCAUCAGUUAUAAACCAUAUAUCAGAACUUCUUGCUUAUUUUAUGAGUGCAAAAUUCAUUGCUCGUUGGGGUCAUAUAAGAGUAUUAUAUGCUGGUUUAUUAGGAAAUGUUUGUAGGUUUUUAUAUAUUUCAUGGUUACACAAUCCAUGGUGGGUGUUACCAUUUGAAUUUGUGCAAGGUUUAACACAUGCUGCAGUAUGGGCAUCAUGUUGUUCAUAUAUUACCCAAGCAAUACCCAAAGAAUUGAGAUCUUCAGCUCAAGGUAUAUUACAAGGUUUACAUCAUGGUCUUGGUAGAGGUUGUGGCGCUGUAUUUGGUGGUGUUUUAGUUUAUAGCUACGGUAAUGUAAUAACCUUUAGAGCGUAUGGUAUCACCUGUAUCUUUAUAUUAGUUAUCUAUAUGGGUGCUAACUACUACUUGGAAAGGAAGGGAUUAUUUUCACACAACACUGCUAAAUCUCACCAUGAAAUCUUGGAAGAUGCUGGAAUCCUGGCACCUCAUGGUGUACCGUCUGGAGCAUCUUCUCUAGCUAGAGACAUCUCCAGUAGUCGUUUAGCUGAUAAAGAUCCCUACAGCCAACAAAGUGAGUGUCUUUACUUUCUUAAAAUUGUCAUUUAG